AUGAACGAUUUCUGGGCAGCCGUACAGGCGUGUUUCUCGUGUUUUCAGGCACCAUCGCUUGUUCUCAAUGGCAGGCGGUUAAGUGUGACGAAACUAUUGGGCGAGGGUGGCUUUGCCUACGUAUACUUGGUUGAGGAUCAACGCAGUCACGAGGUCUAUGCGCUGAAGAAAAUCAGAUGCCCCUUUGGUGCUGAAUCGGUGGCUACGGUGAUGCGAGAGGUGAAUGCAUGCAAGAGGUUCAGAAACACCCUUCUGGUAAUCUCGUCGGUGGACUCGAUGGUGAAGCAGGACGAAGACGGCACGAAAACCGUUUAUUUACUGCUGCCGUACUACGGAAAGGGGUCUCUACAGGAUCUAAUUAAUGACAAUGCCAUCAACAAUCAAUCGUUUUCCGAACCUGAAGUUCUCAAAUAUGCUUUGGGCACGGCCGAAGCUAUCCGGGCCAUGCACCAUCAUCACGCGAGCGGAUCGGGUGGACAUGACGAUGGAGAAGCCGAGGAGGACAGACUACUUGACAACCAGGAUGAUUCUGGCCGCUCAUCUGUUCCCCUUGGUGAGGUAGUGCCUUAUGCACACCGGGAUGUGAAGCCUGCGAACGUGAUGAUUGACGACCACCAGCGACUGGUGCUGAUGGAUCUGGGCUCGGUCUCCAAAGCCCGAGUGCAUGUUGAGAAUCGUCAGCAAGCCUUGGAGAUUCAGGACGAAGCCGCCGAGCUUUGCACUUUACCAUACCGUGCCCCGGAGCUGUUGAAUGUGAGACCAGGCACAACCAUUGACGAGCGAGUCGACGUGUGGAGCUUGGGGUGCACAAUUUAUGCUCUAAUGUACAGUAUUUCCCCCUUUGAGCGAGCGGAGCGAGACACUGGUGCCAGCCUUAACUUGGCCAUCUCAAACCGGAAGCUGGACUUUCCACCCACGCCGAACUAUAGUCAAGAUCUCAAAGAUCUUGUCGCUAAUUGCCUAACCAUGGACUGUGCUGACCGGCCUACCAUUGACCAAGUUAUUUCUCAAAUUCAACAAUUGCUUUGA